AUGACGCUUCUUCGUCUCUUCACCGUGGCACUGGCAGCCCUCGCGAACGUCGCUGUCGCCGCUCCUACUGACGUAGCCAAACGCCAAGACAGUAGCUUGCCCUUCCCAUUGUCUCACUUCACCAACACAGUAGCAUCAGUGCAAAACACGUACUGCGGAGGGAGUGCGAACACACCUGGCGUCAAGUUUGGUGAUCAGACUUUGCUACAUGCCCUUGGCAACGGUGAUACUGUGCAGCGUACCAACAUUUAUCAUUCCGACAGCUUGGGAAUAAUCGUCGCUGUUGAAGGAACAAAUUUGUCAAGUCUUGUUUCUAUCUCUCAAGACCUUCAGGCUCUUCCGAUAAUUCCGGACCCAAGACUGGGUCUACCUGUCGGGUCGUUGGUCUUUGCAGGCUGGCAAACCGCCUGGUUCAACGGCUGGGUUGCUGUCCGCACAGCGCUGGCCAAGACUAUCAAGAAAUUCCCCAACGACCAAAUCAUCGUCACGGGACAUAGCCAGGGAGCCGCCAUCGCACUUCUCACAGCGCUGUCGAUUCAGAAAGAGUUUGGCAAUGGUACUACUAUCCGGGAAAUCAUUGCCUAUGGUGUCCCACGUGUCGGGAACAAAAAGUUCGCCGACGCAUUUGAUGCGAUAUUCCCUGGAAAGUACACAGGCGUUGUCAACGGUGAAGAUUGGGUUCCUUCUUUCCCAUCACAGCCUAUCUAUCAGCACCCAUCCGGAAUGGUGUGGAUCAACCCUGCCAACACAACAUCAUGGCAGUACUAUGAGGGCCAAGAGAACCCCAACGGACCUCACUCAAGAGUAGGAAAGAUCUUUUACCCCAACACGCUGCAGUUCUACUGGGGUGAUCAUCAGGGAAUCUACAUGCACAGCUCUAUGGGCACGACUCUUGGACCGUGCCCAGCUCAGGUUGGAGGUUUUUAA